AAAAAAAAGAGUCAAGAAUGGAGAUUGUUAUUUCCAUUGCAGCAAAAAUUGCUGAGUAUACGGUUGAACCAGUUGGACAGUGUCUAGGUUAUUUGUUUUACUACAGUAGCAACAUUCAGAAUAUGAAGAAACAGGUAGACAAGUUGCAGGGUGCUAGAGAUAGGGUGCAACAUUCCAUUGAUGCUGCUAUAAGAGAUGCUGAAGAAAUUGAAGCUGAUGUUAAAAUGUGGUUAGAGAAUGUAGAUGUGAUUAUGGGAAAGGUCAAAGAAGUUCUUGAGGGUGAAGAAAAUGCAAAAAUGAGGAGUUUCAAUGGGGCAUGCCUGAACCUGAAGCUACGACAUCAGCAAAGCAAGAAAGCAAAAAAGAUGGUGCAAGAUAUUGAUGAAGUCGUGAAAAAUGGCGGCUUUGACAAAGUUUCUUUCCGUCCUCCAUCACAGGCGACAAUGACUACUACAUAUAAGGAUUACAUGACCUUUGAGUCAAGAAUGUCAAUUGUGGAGCAACUUAUGGAUGCAUUAGGAGAUGCAAAUAUCAAUGUGAUUGGGGUGUGGGGGAUGCCUGGUGUGGGAAAGACUACACUUGUGAGAGAAGUUGCUAAGCAAGUCAAGGAAAAAAAAAUAUUCAAUGAGGUGGCCAUAGCAGAAGUGACACAGAAUCUAGACUUGAGACGAAUUCAAGGAGAACUUGCAGACAUGCUGGAUCUAAAGUUUGAGAAGGAGACAGUACGAGGAAGGGCAAUCCGGCUUCGAGAGAGGUUAUCAGAGCACAACAAGAUACUUGUUAUUCUAGAUGAUAUAUGGGACAAACUUGAUUUAGAGGAGGUUGGAAUUCCUAGUAAGGGUUGCAAAGUAGUGGUAACAUCCAGGAAUCAAGAUAUAUUAUCUUGUGAGAUCGGCACCCAGAAGGAUUUUGGACUUGGUGUUUUACGAGUAGAAGAAGCAUGGAGUUUGUUUGAAAUGAUGGCGGGUGAAUCUGUUAAAGAACCUAACUUGCGACCCACGGCUACUAAGGUAGCUAAAGAGUGUGCAGGUCUACCUAUUGCACUUGUAACAGUUUCUAAGGCAUUAAAGAAUAAGAGUUUAUAUGAGUGGAAGGAUGCUCUUCAUCUACUAAGAAGACCGGCUCCUGAACACCUCACAAAAAUGCAGUCAACUAUAUAUUCUUCUAUUAGGUUGAGUUAUAGUCAUCUUGGAAGUCAGGAGAAGAAAAUAUUUUUGCUAUGUUCUCAAAUGAGUUCAAGCAUUGUAUAUCUUGACUUGUUGAAAUAUUCUUAUGGUUUAUGUUUAUUUGACGGCAUUAAUACAUUGGAAGACACGAGGAACAGACUAUAUAGACUAGUUCGUAACUUGAGAGACUCUUGUCUAUUGUUAGAUUGCCGUCAUUCUCGUGAGCAUCUUCAUAUGCAUGAUGUUGUCCGUGAUGUUGCUAUUUUGAUUGCGUCAAAACAUUGUGAUAUGUUUAUGGUUGGAGACGGUGGCGAGGUAAAUGAAUGGCCGGAUGUAGAUGCACUCAAAAGAUGCACCAUAUUCUCUAUUGAUGGGGGAGAUAUUCGUGAACUUCCAGAUGAAAUGGAAUGUCCAGAAUUGCAACUUUUUCGUGUGAGUGGUGGAAAUCAUUCUUUUCAGAUCGCAGAGACUUUCUUCAAGGGGAUGGGAAAACUCAAGGUUUUAGAUUUGACACAAAUGAAACUUUCAUCACUUCCUUCCUCACUUCAUCUCCUUAGAAAUCUGCAGACACUGUGCUUGGAUUACUGUGUGUUAGGAGACAUAGCUAUAAUUGGAGAGCUCAAGAAUUUAGAAAUUCUUAGCCUUUUAAAUUCCGAGGUGUCCCAAUUGCCAAGGGAAAUAGGGUUGUUGACUAGUAUUCGAUUAUUGGAUUUGAGCGGAUGUUCCAAACUUGAAGUGAUUCCACCUAAUGUCCUAUCACGCUUGGUGCAAUUAGAAGCAUUGUAUAUGGGAAACAGUUUUGUUCAGUGGGAGAAUGGAGGACUCAAUAUUGAUAGAACUAAUGCAAGUCUUACUGAGCUAAAACAUUUGUCACGUUUGAUCACUUUAGAGAUUCAGAUUCAAGGUGCUAACAUUCUGCCAAAAGAUCUAUUAUUUGAAAAGUUAGAAAGAUACAGAAUAUUUGUAGGAGAUGUGUGGAACUGGUCUGAUAAGCCUGAAACCUCAAGAGAAUUAAAACUCAAGCUGAAUACAAGCUUACACUUACAGGGUGGGAUCAAAAUGUUGUUGAAUGGUAUUGAACAUCUUUGUUUAGAUGAAUUGAAGGGUGUUAAGAGUAUUCUGUAUGAACUCGAUAGGGAAGGCUUUCAACAACUGAGGCAUCUCCAUGUCCAAAAUAAUGCCGAGAUUAAGCAUAUCAUCAAUUCAAGGGCAUUGGCUGCUACUGAAAUUGUAUUUCCUGUUUUGGAGAAAUUUUCUGUCAAAAACAUGAUCAACCUGGAAGAAAUAUGUCAUGGCAAGCUUCCCCCAACAACUUUUUGUAACUUACGAAUUGUGAAAGUGGAACAUUGUGAUCAACUGAAGUUUGUCUUCUCGUCAUCUAUGGCUAAGUGCCUUUUACAACUCCAAGAAUUGGAGAUAAGAGAAUGCAGUGUUAUGGGUGCAGUAGUCAUAAAAGAAGAGGGCGACAUAGAAGAUGGAGAUAAGAUUCUGUUCCCUCAACUACGUCGCUUGGCACUACAGUGUCUUCCAAAGCUUAUAAGCUUCUUAAACACACAAAAGGCAUUCAUAACUGAGGCUGGAGAAAUCACUUAUGAGGGAAGGCUUGAUUUUCACAUGCCAGUUCUACAUGAACAGGUUGUGUUCCCCAACUUGGAAACGUUGGAACUGUCCUCUAUACACUCUGAAGAGAUACUACUUCACAACCAACAUCGGGCAAGCUCCUCUUUAAAAUUAACAGACCCGAGAUUUCAAAAUUUGCGUAACUUGAAGGUGAAAGGCUCUGGCAAUUUAAAAUACCUAUUGUCUUCUUCUACAGCGACAUUUAUGGUUCAGCUCAAAUAUCUUGACAUUGGGGACUGUAAGGUAAUGGAAAAGAUACUACUCAUAGAAGACUUAGGAGAAGAAGAAAUAAUUCCAAAGGUGUUGUUCCCUCAACUGGAAGUCCUAAUUCUAAAAGAUCUUCCAGUCCUCAAAAGAUUCUGUGUAGGAAGCAAUAUCAAAUUUCCAUCAUUGAAGGUUAUGGUGAUAGAAAAAUGCCCUAAAUUGGAGUCAUUCAUAUUCAAACCUGUUAGUUCAGACAUGACAUUAAGCAAAGAACUUAAGGAAGUGAAUUCAGAGGAGAUCUCUCAAACUGCCAUGCAACCUCUCUUCAAUGAAGAGGUUGCAUUCCCCAAUUUGGAAUCAUUGACAAUCUCUCAUUUGCCUAACCUUAAAAUUAUAUGGCAUGACAAAUUUGCCCCUGGCUCUUUUAUGAAGCUUCAGACCUUGAAGGUUGAACUCUGUGAAAAUCUUAUGAAAAUCUUCCAAGUUAAUAUGCUGUCAGGAUUCCAUAGCUUGGACUUCCUUAUAGUAGAUGGUUGUGGUUCACUACAAGAAAUAUUUGAACCACAAGGGCAAGAAGUUAUGGAAACACAUGCAGUAACAGUUACUAAGUUGAAAAAAUUAUAUAUACGUCGUCUACCAAAGUUGAAGCGUGUAUGGAAUAAGGACCCCCAGGGAACGUUCUCCUUUCCAAAUCUACAAGAAAUAGUAGUUGGGAAGUGUGAGAGUUUGAAGAGUUUGUUUCCAACCUCAGUGGCCAGAUGUCUCCAGCAAUUGAAUGAUCUUCGAAUAUUCGAAUGUGGGAUUGAGGAAAUUAUUGAACAGGAAGAAGGUGCAAAAGAAGAUGUGAGAUUUGUGUUCCCUAAAUUGACUCUCUUGAUACUUCGAAAGUUGUCAAAGCUCAAGUGGUUUUACCGAGGGGUACAUACUUCGGAAUGGCCGUUAUUGGAAUCCUUAGAGGUGUCUGGAUCUAAUGAAAUUCAGAUAUUUGCUUCAAAAAAUUAUAGAAUUCAAGAACAAGAUGAUCAGAGUCAACUAGAGACAUCCAUUCAACAACCACUUUUCUUGGUUGAAGAGGUUGCAUUCCCUAGUUUGAAAACAUUGGAUUUGGAUCAGUAUGUGUUGGAAGACAUAGCUAUGAUUGGAGAGCUGAGAAAUUUAGAAAUUCUUAGCCUUCUUCACUCCAAUGUUGAGCAGUUGCCGACAGCAACAGGGCUUUUGACUCGUUUACGGAUUUUAAAUUUGAGCAAUUGUACCAAACUUAAACUGAUUCCACCAAAUGUCAUAUCAUGUUUGAUACAAUUAGAAAAGCUAUAUGUCGGCAAUAGCUUCACUGAGUGGGACGUUGAAGGACUCAACAAUGAAAGAGCUAGCCUUGCAGAGCUAAAGCAUUUGUCACGAUUGACUACUUUAGAAGUGCACAUUCCAGAUGCCAACAUGUUGCCAAAAGAUCUGUUAUUCGAGAAGUUGCAAAGAUACAAAAUAUUCGUAGGAGAUGUGUGGGAUUGGUCUGAUAAACAUGAAAACUCAAGAGCACUGAAACUCAAGUUGAAUACAAGCUUUCAUUUGGAGAGGGGGAUUAAAAUGUUGUUGAAUGGUAUUGAAAAUCUGUGGUUGGAUGAGUUAAAGGGUGUUAAGAGCGUCAUCUAUGAAUUAGAUAUGACAGGCUUCCAACAACUGAAGCAUCUCCAUGUCCAAAACAAUGUCGAGAUCAAGUACAUCAUCAACUCAAGAGGGAUGGUUAUCUCUGAUGUUGUCUUUCCUGUCUUGGAGAUGCUUUCUCUCAAAAACAUGAACAACUUGGAAGAAAUAUGUCAUGGCCAAAUUCCCUCGGCAUCCUUCCGUAACCUAAGCAUUAUAAAAGUGUUGAUUUGUGACAAAUUGAAAAAUUUAGUGCCAUCCUCGGUAUCUUUCCAAAAUUUGACAAAUCUGGAAAUAUGUAAAUGUCAUGGAUUAAUUAAUUUAGUUACAUCCUCAACAGCCAAAAGUUUGAUACAACUCAAAAAAAUGAGUGUAAGUGAAUGCGAAAGGAUAACAGAAGUUGUAACAGGGGAGGGAGGUGAAGCGAGUGAGGUGAUUACUUUCACCCAGCUGACAUACUUAAAACUUGAUUGCUUGCCAAACCUCUCAAGCUUUUGCUCAAUAAGUUAUUCAUUCAAGUUCCCAUCUUUGGAAGAAGUAAUUGUGAGGCAGUGCCCAGAGAUGAAGACUUUCUCUCAUGGAGCUUUAGGGACACCAAAGCUAGAAAGAGUACAAGCAACACAAGAAGAUGAAUGGCAUUGGAAGGCUAACCUAAAUACCACCAUACAUUGGCUCUGGAAGAGCAAAUAUAAUACCACCACACAAUAGUUCUUUUGAAGAAGAGAAAGGGUUCAGAAUUCUAAAGAUGGAGAUCAUCCUAAAUAUGAAGCAGUGGAAACGUGACUUGUAAUUGUAGUUUGUGGUACUUGGAAUUGUGUUUCUUUCUCCUGAAAUCAUGUGCUCAGAGGGUCGUCAUCCCCAUGGUUAUGGAAAUGUAUAGAGUUGGGUCGUCAUCCCCAUGGUUAUGGAAAUGUAUAGAGUUCAUUCAUCUUUUGUUUAUUCUGAUAUUGUUUCAUUAUUUUCUUGUUUUUCCACGUUUGAAAAAAAAAGUAGCUGCAGUAGCAAUAAUAAUAGAAGUACUACUACUUGUGUGAUGCAUUUAUUUGGAGUGUUAUAAACUACUUCUUCUUGGUGAAGAAAGACCAUAUCGCUAUUUGAAUGAAGUUAUGCUUAUUAUUU